AUGAGCCGUACGCCUUCACGAAACUCGACGCCACCGCUUGAUCUGUGUGCAACACUCGACCGAAAUGCACUCAUGGUUGUUCUAGAAAAAGUGAGCCAGACCAGACCGCAACGAACAUGCCAGAUUUGAGCGGAAGAACUCAGCGGAAGAAUUUUUAUCUUUUUUGGAAAUUUUUUUCAUGAAAUGUGAUCAACAGAUGAAAUGUAGAGCAAAGUGAACUCUGCUCAUAGAAAAAUAAUUGUAAAUUUAGCGAUUCAUACAAAAAAGUUAUUCGAGUUGUUCCAUGAAAAAAGGAAUAACUUUUUUAUAUGAAAAGCUAAAUUUACAAUUAUUUUUCUAUGAACAGAGUUCAAUUUGCUCUACAUUUCGUCAGUUGAUCACAUUUCAUGAAAAAAUUUUCUAAAAAAGAUAAAAAUUCUUCCGCUCAACUCUGUUCAACAUGCCAUAGCAAACGCGCGUUUUCAGAAAGACCGCGAUCUCGAGCUCGCCGCAAAAAUCGGACAAUCGUUGUUGGAGCAGAACAAGGAUCUUCAGACAAAGUGAGUGAGAUAGGGCAGACCAUUCAACAUGACGUUUCGCAGAAAUGAAUUCCUGGAGGAGAGUGUCAAUAAGAACUUGGACACAAUUGUUCAGCUCAAACACGAGCUCAAUCAACGCAUCGAACUGUUGCGGGUCUACUCGCAUUUGGACGAUGACGGCGUGCCGAGGUAUACGAGCUCUAAUUCUCUGGCAAUUCGAUAUUAAUCUAAUUAGAAAGUUAAUGAUCUAAUGCCGCGUCCACAAAGUCUCGGAAAACGCGCAAAUCUCGCGCAUUUUGCAGUCCAAAAUCGGCAGAAAAUUGCGGGAAAUGCGGGGUACGCACAGCUGAACGAGUGUUACCGUACACCAUAAAACUACGGUAUUUUUUGAAAAAAUUUAAAUUUCUAAAGAAUAUUUGCAAUUUUUCAAAUUUCUUGGGUAAAUUUUCAACGGUAUUUUUUUUGAAAAAAUUUAAAUUUCUCGAGAAUAUUUGCAAUUUUUCAAAUUUCUUGGGUAAAUUUUCAACGGUAUUUUUUUUGAAAAAAUUUAAAUUUCUCGAGAAUUUUCGCAAUUUUUCAAAUUUCUUGGGUAAAUUUCCAAAAAAUACCGUAGUUUUAUGGCGUACGGUAACACUCGUUCAGCUGUGCGCACGCCGGAUUUCCCGCAAAUUUCUGAAGACUUUGGCCUGCAAAAUGCGAGAGAUUUGCGCGUUUUCCGAGACUUUGAACGCGACCUAAUUAGAUUCGACUGUUUUUUCUUGGCGCAAUCGAGAUUUGAGCACUUUUUAAUCUAGCUAGAAGAUUUGUUAAUCUAGCUAGAAAAUAUAUUAAUCUUAUUAGGGCCGCAGUUAGAUUAAUCACGAAAUGCCAGAGUUGUAGGUACCAGAGUUGAGCGGAAGAGCUCAACGCAAGAACACGGAAGAAUUUUUAUCUUUUUUAGAAAAUUUUUUCAUAGAAUGUGAUCAACUGACGAAAUUUAUAGCAAAGUGAACUCUGCUCAUAGAAAAAUAAUUGUAAAUUUAGCGAUUCAUACAAAAAAGUUAUAUUCGAGUUGUUCCGCGGAAAAAAGGGCCAACGGAACAACUCGAAUAUAACUUUUUGUAUGAAUCGCUAAAUUUACAAUUAUUUUUCUAUGAGCAGAGUUCACUUUGCUAUACAUUUCGUCAGUUGAUUACAUUCCAUUAAAAAAUUAAAAAAAAAGAUUUAAAAAAUUCUAGGUUUCCAAUCACCUCUCGUUUGUUGCAGAUCAAACAGCGACGAGACGCUCCGAGAACGGCUAAAAUCGACAAAAUCCGAAAAUGAGCGGUUUGUCAAUGUCACGCAGAGCGGCGUAAUCGAUGAGAUUUGCAGACUGCGUCUCGAGUGUGAAUCGCUGCGGCACGAGUCGGCGAUCGUGACGGCGCAGAAAAAGAGUUCGUACCAGUUGGAACGUCAACUCGACGAGGCGAACGACAAAGUGAUCGCGCUGCGGCGGCUCGUCGAGCACAAGACGACGGAGCUGUCGGCGCAGUACGAACAGACGCGACGGCUCGUGCGCGAGCUCGCCGACAAGGAGAAGAAGGAGCGCACGAUGUCGGCGGAGAAGGACGAGAUGGGCGCGAUGCUCAUCGAGAUGAUACAGCGACACGACGCGCAGCAGUCGGAGCUCAAGCAGAUGCAGGACGAGUACGCCGAGUUGAUGGCCAACUUUGCAGAGACCGAGUCCGAGUUGACCAAGUUGAGGAGCGGUGGCAACUUGAGAAGUGAGCUAGAUCCAGCACCCGACGACCAAAAGUGUAGAAAGGGGCGUGGCCUAAUCUGAGACGCGUUUUCUGAAAAUUGCCGCAAUUCCAGCACACUUUUCCGCCAUUUUUGUGUUUGAUAUCGACGAAAGAAGAGACAUUAAAGAGAGAAAACAUUGAAAUUUUCGUGAAAACGCCGCGUUUAAGACGUUUUUGGCAUCACUCGCAAUACGCUCUCCGCGGCCAAUCGCCGCCGCAAUUUCGGAAUUUUCAUAUAAAUUUUCGUGCCGAUCUGGAUAGUUUUGAGACGAAGUGAGUGUCGGAAGUGAUUAAGCACGUUAAUACAAGUAUUUUAAGCGUUCAAACGGCAAAAAGUAUCGGCGAAUGACUGAAAUUGGCGCAUUUUCGCCGCAAAACUUAAAAAUCGAUUGAAUUGAUUCAUUCUCUGAAUGAAACCUGCUCGUUUUAAGCUCAAAAAGUGGGCGGCGAUGAUUAGUUUAACAAAGUUAUGCAAUUACAUCGUCGAAAUCGUACAAAAUUUGGGUAAUUUUUGACGAAAAACAUGAAAAAUAGGGGGUUAAAUUUCGAAUUUCGCGCCAAAAUGGUGAUAAACCGUGCACGCCCUUUCGACGUUUUUGGUCGCCGUGAGCAGCUUUUUUCACACACACACGCACACACCUUAUUCUGCUUCCAGUGUCGUUCGACUCACUCUACGACUCACUGGCGUCGGAAAUCGAGAACUCGGAGACGUUCUCGCCGGCUCAACGCUCCACAGCUCUGUCGGUUCUGACCGGACGGGAAAGCUAUGCGAACGACAGUGGCAUCGAUGCGGGCGCCGCCGCCGCCGGUCCCAUGAGUCUGGCCGCCGAGAUUGAGCAGUCCGAGCGGGUUAGUUGAACAAAAUUCUUAAGAAUAUGACUCAAAGGCCUGGGAUCCAGCGUGACAUACAACAAAUUUUUUAUUUUUUAAAAUAAACUUCAAAGUGGGCCAUUCACUUUCCCGAAGUGCCGAAUUACGAAAAAAAAUUCCCCGAUUUUUAGGAUUUUUUUCAAACACGGCGAAAUGGAAGAGCUGGCCUAGAUUUUUCUAGUCCUCCCCCGGAUGGAAUUCCCCUUUCUUCCGAUUUUUUUCCCGUUUUCGUGCAAAUUUCUUAAAUUUUCAAUUGGUUUUUUCACUGAACACACUUAUUUGCAAUAUUUAAAAAAAUUUAUGUUUUUUUCUGUGCCGUGACGCCAAAAAAUCGAUAAUUUGAAACUUUUUUUGGCAUUUUUCCGGGUUUUUCGCUCAAUCUUCGGUUUGCCCGCUGAAAAAUAAAUAGAAAGAGAUCGCUCAAUCAUUUCCUGAGUCUUAAUUAAAGUUUGCGACUUACAGACCGUUAUAUUUUUCAAAAUAAUGCGAAAAAUCCAAAACUUUCUAUUUUCGGUUUUACAAAAGUGGCUGAUUUUUUCUGAAUUUCCGAAUUUUGUCGGAAUUUCUCGGUACCAUUAACUUUUUUGAAAAAAAAAAUCCUAAAAAUCGGGGAAUUUUUUUUUCGUAAUUCGUGACUUUGGGAAAGUGAAUGGCCCACUUUGAAGUUUAUUUUCAAAAAUAUGUUGUAUGUCACAAACAACGUACUCUUCAGAUCCCGUUGCCGAUUUUCGCGAAUCUCUCGAAACACUCGACGCUUUGUGAUGCGAGCACAUCCUGUACGGACAUCUUCCGCGAGUCGAGUCUACACCAAGAAGACGUGAGCCCAUCGAUCUCUGAAGAGGUACAACGGGGUUUGACAUUGAGAACGACGCGAAAUUGCCAAUUUCCAGGCCGCCUAUCAAAGCUUCACGAGCGCAGAAGCCGCGAACACAACAACUCCAGCCGUGUCGCGCCACAAAUACACUCGGUGCAGUGCGAGCCGGAGCAAUUUGAGCAAAUUGCAACGGUUGCACCAUGGCAACCGCCCGCACGCCCCCCGAUCCGUCGAGUUCGCCGCUGCAUCUUCUUCAGCGAUUCAAGAAGAGGAAGAGGAAGAAGGAGACAGAGUGGGAUACGCGGAGCCGAAACUCGGACAGCCCGGAAUGCCCGGAACUCGAGACCUGGACGUCUCGUUGCGAAUCAUCAAGGCCAGGCAAGAGGUCGGCUAUUUUCAUUUGAGAGAAUUGGAUAACAUCCGCUUAUCGCUAACGCUCAAGUAAUUCAAGUUUCAGGUGCAAAAAGAGUUUGCGGCGUUUUGCCAACGCAAAGGUAUCGAUCAACAGCAGUUUUUCGGUACUUCUCAGGUAGUGUGUGCCUCUUCUUUUCUUUGUCUGUUUUGGACAGCUACAAUCUCGAGUUUGAACGAGUAUUGUAGAGCUGGAAGAUGUGCUAUAAGUCUCAACAUUUUUCUGUGAAUUCUUGACAUCUAGUACUGUGAUUUUGAAGUUGAUCACUUUUUCCUACGAUCACUUUUGAGACUACUGUAGCUCUUGGAAGUUUGGACCGAAAACGACCGCUUCUAACUGAUGCCAACUUCAAACGGCUACAGUACUCCAGGAAGUGAUUGUACUGAAAAAGUGUCAAUUACAAAAAUACAGUUUAAGAGUAGUACUAAACUUAUGUAGUUGACAAUUUUUCAGUAAAACCACUCCCUGUGGUUCUGUAGCUCUUGGAAGUUGGCACUAGCUGAGGCCAUCAGCUAUUUUCAGUCCAAACUUCCAGGGACUACAGUACUCCAGGGAAUGGUUGUACAAAAAAGUUGUCAACUACAAAACUGAAGUAGUAAAUGCCAAGUUUUCACAAAACACUUCUGAGACUCACAGCUCGAUUCCGACGCCUACAAUAUCGUUUCAAAGUCGACGACGAUUGUAUGCUCGAUAAUAGUUCUAAUUUUCCAACGUAGCUGCUUGCCGCCGCCUAACUUUGUCUAAUUUUUGACUGUUUGAUGUUCUAUCGAGCCUGUUCACACAAAUUUUCGCUUCCAGAACCGACGCCAAUCUCAUGACACUUCGUGGGCGGAUUUCAGUGUUUCCUACGGUGUUCGCAUGAUUCAGAGGUACAGUAACCGGAAAUCAAAGUUUUUUGAAAACGUUUCAUGUUACAGUAUGAAACCGAAUCGAGCGGAUGAGUCAUUGACGCUCGGGCUCCGGCAGGGAGUGCUCACCAGAGCAGAGGUACUUGAAACAACAAAUUUAUCCAAAAAAUUUAUCCAUAAAUUUAUCCAAAUUUAUCCAUAAAUUUAUCCAAAUUUAUCCAUAAAUUUAUCCAAAUUUAUCCAUAAAUUUAUCCAAAAACUAUGGAUAGAUAAAACCUAUGGAUAGUACUUAAAACAACAAAGUUUAUCGAUAAAUCUAUCCAUGACCUUUUCGUGUAGCGUAAUAUCGAUAAAUUUAUCCAAAAACUAUGGAUAAAUACAUUUGCAGCUGCUUCACUCGCCGUCCACGUCGCCCCAACACAAAAGUCUGUCUGCAAUGUCCGUGUCGCCCGGCUCGGCGCCUCUUCACGGGGUCUUGCAGCGAAGAUGA